AUGGAUGAUUUUCCAGUUCACAGCUUAAGGGAAUCUACCCGAAACGUACUAAAAUUAAAUCGGAGAUUUCAUAGGGAUGAAGUGAGUGAUGUUCAACGUUCCAUCAAAGAAUUAAGUAUAUCACCACAGAGUGUUGCUGAUGCAGUUCAGAAGCUUAAAACUAAGUGUUUAAUAACUAUCACAGAUCUUCAGACUCUCAAAAAUGGCUUGAUGGAGGAUUCAAAGAAUAUUGAAGUUGUUUUGAGUACUCAUGGAGCAUUACGAGGUCUUGUUAGAGAACUUUCAGGUCAUGACAUAAGAAAACAAUGUGCAGCUGCUGGAUGUUGCUGCAACUUGGCUCUUGGCGAUGCCAGAGCGUGCAUGGCGAUUGCAAAGGCAGCUGGUCCAUAUCUAAAUGCAGCACUAGAUAACCUUACUACUGAAUUAGCGGUGACUUGUGCAUGGGCGCUAGGCAACCUAGCAGGCUCAGGGGCUAAGGUAUGCGAUAUUCUGGUGGCCCAAGGCGCGUUAGCCAAACUCUGCGAACUUCUGCUUCUCAACAAUGCGGAUGUACAAGACGCCGCUCUAUACGCACUUCUACACUUUGCUUUUCACAUGGAAGAUGAUUUUAAGACAGAAUAUCUACCGAAAGUUCUUUCAGCCCUGUCAAAAUUGGAAGCCAAUUUGACGUCUAGUCAACUGUCAUUUGUCCUCUCCUGUCAUGCAGACUUCAGAGACAACAUGCCUGAGGAAUUUCUACAGAAAAUGUUGGCAACCCUUGCAUUAAGUGUUAAAAACCAUACAGCAAACUGUAAAGAAAAUAAUUUGUGUUGUGAAUUAGUUUAUGUGAUAAGAACAUUAGCCAAUAUGGACAUAGAAAUGUAUGGUGCUAUAUUGAAUUUUUUAUUGGAGAAUAACCUAGGCCAAAGUCUGUGGCAGAUUUUGAAUCUGAACAAUAGUGUUGUUAAUGAAUCUCUAUUAUGGCUAUUAGGUAAUUUACAUAAUUGUUGCGGGGAUAACAUAUUUUUUAGUAAUUUGUAA